AUGCAUCCAUAUUUAAUUGAUGGAUUAACUGUUUUAUUUCCUUUUGAAGCUUAUCAAUGUCAACUUGAUUAUAUGAAAGCUGUAGUUGAAUGUCUAAUUAAAGGUCAAAAUGGUAUUCUUGAAAGUCCAACAGGUACGGGAAAAACUCUUUCUCUAUUAUGUGCUUCUCUUGCUUGGCUUGAACAAUAUAAAAUACAUAAUUUAGAUUCAAAUGAAGCACCAAUUCAAAUUAUUUAUGCAUCACGUACACAUUCUCAAUUAUCACAAGUUGUUAAAGAAUUUAAAUCAACUGAUUACAAUCGUAUGAAAAUAACUGUUUUAGGUUCUCGUGAUCAAUUAUGUAUUCAUCCAGAAGUAAAAUCUCUUGAAAAUAGUUCUGAUAAAAUAUCAGUUUGUCGAGAAAAAAUUCAUCGAAAAGCAUGUUUAUUUUAUCGAAAUUUCGAAAUUUCUAAACCUGAUAUUGUUAAAUUACCAUCAAUGGAUAUUGAAGAUUUAGUUAAAACAGGAAUACAAAAAAAGUUUUGUCCUUAUUUUGCAGCAAGAGAACUUAAAGAAAAAGCUGAUAUUAUAUUUAUGCCAUAUAAUUAUUUACUUGAUGCUAAAGCUCGUCGUAUUCAUAAGAUUAAUGUACGUAAAUCUAUAGUUAUUUUUGAUGAAGCUCAUAAUAUUGAACAACAAUGUGAAGAUGCAGCUUCAGUUAUGAUUAGUUCACUUGAUCUUGCUGCUUGUCUUGAUGAUACAACUAAAGUUAUGCAAUGGAUGAUCAAUUCAAAAUCAUCAGAAGAUUCUUCUACAAUAUCAACUGAUGACAAUGAAGAAAAUAAUAUUAAUACAAAUGCUUUAACUAUUACACAAGAUCAAAUUUCUAAUUUAAAAUUAAAAAUUAUGAAAUUAGAAGAAUUAUUGGAUGAAAUGAAGACAACCAAAGGAAAUAUUCCAUCACCUGGCGAUGUUGCUUUUAAAUGGCUUAAAAAUGCUGAAAUAGAUUUUACUGCACAAGGAGAUAUACAACAACUUCAAGAUAUUAAUCAAUUUAUGACUGCUAGAUCGGGUUCAAUUUUUCGUUCAAAUGGGCAAUCACUUCUUAAAUUAGCUGAAUUCAUUGAAACUGUUCAUCCAUUGGAUGAAAAUGGUCAACCAUGUUUUACAUUUGAUAUGGAUGCUCAACGAAAAUCUGUUUUUAAAGUCUAUAUUGAAGAAGAGAAUAAUAAUAAUAAUAAUGAACAACAAAGACCUUCGAUUAUCAUUUCUAAACGACCUAAAAAACUUCAUUAUUGGUGUUUAUCACCAGGUUUUUCUAUGCGACAAUUAUGUAUGCAAAAUACUCGAUCUAUUCUGUUAACAAGUGGUACACUUUCACCAAUUGAUUCAUUUAAAACACAAUUAGCAAUUCCAUUUGAUAUUGUUAUACAAAAUGAUCAUAUUAUUGAAAAAAAUCAAUUAUUUGCUGCUAUUUUACCUCGAGCAGCUGGUAAUAAACAUAUUCUUACAUCUGUCUAUAAAACAAGACAAAAUCCAGAAUAUCAAGAAGCACUAGGUCAAACAUUACAUAAUGUCAUAAAAAAUAUUCCAGGUGGUGUUCUUGUCUUUUUUCCUUGUUAUAAAAUGAUCGAUGAAGUUGUUGCAACAUGGAAGAAUAAUGCUACAUUUGAAAUAAUGAAUCAACGUAAACGAGUAAUAAUUGAACAACGAAAUAAAACGAAAUUUGAAAAUCAAAUGAAAGAAUUUAAUACAAUUAUUGAAAAUGAUCAACGUGGUGCUAUGUUAUUUGCUGUUGCACGUGGAAAAUUAAGUGAAGGUAUUGAUUUUAGUGAUAAAACUUGUCGAGCAGUAAUUAUUAUUGGUAUACCAUUUGCACCUCAUCACGAUAGACGAGUUAUUGCUAAAAGACAUUAUCUUGAUGAAAUGAAUCGUAGAAAUAAAGCAGGUGAUAUUUGGUAUAAUCAACAAGCUUUUCGAGCUAUUAAUCAAUGUGUUGGUCGUGUUAUACGACAUAGACGUGAUUAUGGUGCAGUACUUUUUUUUGAUCAACGAUUUGGAGAUAAUAUAGAUAAAUUAUCAAAAUGGCUUCAUCCAUAUAUACAUACAGUUGAUUUUACUGGAAUGAUGAAAGGACUUAAAAAUUUUUUUACCGAAAAGUCAUCAAAUUCAAUCGAUCAACAAACAACUCAUCCUAUUCAACAAGCAUUUUUUCCAUCUGUUACACAUUCAACAAUAAUGAUGACAAAUAUUACAUCAAAAUCUAUUAAUCAUACAGUAUUAUCUGAAGAUAUUCUUCAAACAACAUUGAAACAAUCUAUUGGAUAUACUGUAAAAUCUACUGAACAAAUAUCAUCAGAUAAUAUUCGAAAUGAAACCAAUAUUGUUCAUAAAUCUUUAUUUGAUGCUAUAUCUUCAACACAACGAAAUGGAAAUACAAUAUCUAUGCAAAAUAUUGAAUCAGAUGAUAAACAACGUGAUUUUGAUGCUAUGCUCGAGUUGAAACGACGUGAAGCUGCACGUACUGAUUCUUUAUCUAAGAAAUUUCUACCAAUGAUGGGAACAUUUGAAGAGACUUCAUCGAUUUCUAAUAAUAAUAAUAAUAAUUCUACAUUACCUUUAUCAACUACAAAAGUUUCCGAAUAUCGAGAAUUAUUAUGUCGAUUAAAAACAGCUAUGCCACAUGGAGUCUAUCCACGUUUUACACAUAUGUUACAAGAUCAUAAAACUCAUAAAACUGAUCGAACAAUUUUUCUUAAAUUACAAACAUUAUUAGUUGAAAGUCUUGCAAAAGAUCAUCAUGAACUUUUUAUGGAUAUGGCUCGACAUAUUAGUUCAUCAUUUCGACAAGAAUAUAUUCAAGCAGGACAAAAUUAUUGUUUAUCAACUUCAACUAUUGAAAUACAACAAACAAAUGAAAAUAGAAUUAAUAAUAAACGAAAAGAUUUAUCAUCCAAUGAUGUAGAAACAUCUCAAGCAAAAAUAGUUAAAACUAAUCACAGCAAUAAUCCAUUUCGAUGUACAUGA